GUUGUUAUGAGCCGGUUUGAUCAGAAUAACUAUGUCGACUAUGAAAAACUUGCUGCCAAUGUGAAAACAGUUCAAACCCGUUUACAGCGCCCCCUAACACUCUCGGAGAAGAUUUUGUAUGGGCAUUUAGAAGAUCCGAGUGGCCAGGAUAUCGUACGUGGUGAAAGUUACCUGAAACUGCGGCCUGACCGUGUGGCCAUGCAGGAUGCCACGGCGCAGAUGGCCAUGUUACAGUUCAUCUCAAGCGGUCUACCUAAGGUUAGU